UUUUUUGUAGACUUCACCAUUAUGCUCAUAAUCAUUUAAAUCCUGUCCUGUACUGUAAUAUCGUAUCGAGGUCAGCGACUUUGUGACGGAGGGGGAUCUCAGGCCCUCUCGCAGUCCAUUCCAUUAGUUCUUAAAUCACAAAAUGGAAUGUGUCCCUGAAAAUAUCGCCCGUCAUCCUUGCACCAUAUUGAUCAACAAACUAGAUCUUUAUAAUCCACUUUUUUUUUUCCAAAGAGCGCAAGAAAUUAAAAAGGGAUUUAUACUGCCAUAAACAAGUUUGUCUGUCAAAUCUGGAAUGUAAUAAGAAAAUUCUUCUUUGCUAUAUGAAGCAGGACAUCCAUCUGCUUGGUGGUGUAAUGCGAAAAUGUCAAGGUAUAUAUUGGGAGCAUUACAGUAUUGACAUAGUAAGCAAGUUAACACUUUCAUCCCUUUCUCUAAGCAUCUAUCGUAUGAAAUAUUACGAUGAAUGCAAUUGGCCAAUCCACAUCCCCAACCAAAAUGAAGACAACUUUAUAAGGCGUGGCUACUACGGUGGUCAUACGGACGCAUUCAAGCCCAUAGGUUCAAACCUAUUCUAUUACGACGUGAACUCUCUGUAUCCCUUCGUAAUGAAAGAAUAUCCAAUGCCCGGUGGUGUUCCAGUCUGGCAUGGUAAUCUUAAUGGGAAGGACUUAGAUAGCAUCUUCGGCUUUAUCGAGGCGUAUGUCGUCUGUCCUAAGACUAUCAAAAAGCCCUUUCUUCCCUAUCGAGACCAAAAUGACACUCUUAUCUUUCCAACUGGGGAAUUUAUUGGUGUCUACUAUAGCGAAGAGUUAAAGUAUGCAAGAGACUUAGGCUACACAGUGAUUCCCAAUCUCCGGCUACCUUUUUUUGAGAAGAUGGAAAGCCCCUUCCGGGACUUUGUCAGCGAUCUUUUUCAGAACAGGCUUGAGGCAAAGAAGAAAGGAAAUGAUGCCUUGUCAUAUGUAUACAAGCUCAUUAUGAACACUCUCUACGGGAGAUUCGGCAUUAACCCUAAAAGCACCAUUACCGAGAUCUGCUCUGAAGAGAGAUACUUUGAUUUGAUCCGGCAUAGUGACUUAAUUUUCGGUGACAGGCUUAGCGAGACAUACUACAUCGUUUCCUACCAUAUCAAUACCGGAAAAAGCACGGAUUAUUGGGUACCACCAAAAAACGUUGCUGUACAACUAGCUGCUGCUAUCACUGCAUCCGCUAGGAUCUAUAUGUACCCCUUUAUAUCAAGAGAGGACUGCUACUACACGGACACUGACUCGGUUGUGCUUGGGCAUCAACUGCCUAGUGAUGUGAUUUCUUCUUCUGACUUAGGAAAGUUUAAGCUAGAGGAUGAAAUAAAGAUGGGACUUUUUUUAGCACCCAAAUCCUAUG